AUGGGAAGGGGAAAAGUAGUGCUUGAGAGAAUAGAGAACAAAGUGAAUCGUCAAGUAACCUUCUCAAAGCGAAGAAAUGGGUUAUUGAAGAAGGCUUGUGAGCUCUCUGUGCUUUGUGAUGUUGACGUUGCUCUCAUCAUCUUCUCUAGUCGUGGAAAGCUCUUUGAAUUUGGGAGCACUGACAUGAACAAGAUCCUUGAGAGGUAUCACCAGCGAUGUUACAGCUCUGGAUCAAGCACCAAUCUUGAUGAGAGUGACAUACAGAUAGAGGAAGUGGCAAAGCUGAGAGCCAAAUAUGAAUCUCUUCGACGUUCCAAUAGGAACUUUCUUGGAGAAGAACUUGAACCACUGAAUCUAAAAGAGUUGCAUAACCUUGAGAAACAGUUGGACAAAACUCUUUCACACACUAGACAGCGGAAGGCUGAGAUAAUGCUUCAAAAAUUAGCAGACUUGCGCAAAAUGGAGCAGGACCUUGGAGAUCAAAACACUCAGCUCAAGUCAAAGCUUGAAGAAGAACAACAAUGUAUGCAAGAAAAGGAAGAUGGCGAGGAAGAUCCAAUGAAUUACAAACUUGUGGGAGCUGACCCAAACAUGAACAUCCCUAGAUACUUUGAUCCCCAAGAAGAAGAGGGCAGAGGCAUGAUAGAAGCGGGGAAUAACGACUUAAUCCCAGAUUGGCUACUUUGA